CACCAGUGACUAGUUUAACGUCUGUACUGGGCGGUGAGCUCCGAUCCCCGAUCUGACCAGCGACAAGCAGAGCAGCACCUCCUCCUUAUUUCUUAUUAAUAUUUUAGCAAGCAGGAUGUGGGUGCAACCAGCUAUGGUGAUGACGGCGAUGCCACGUGAGGAGUCUGAACCUGAGGAUCCGGGGCCCACGUUUUGUAACCAGUUUAUUCGCUUACUCCUAGUUAUUAUCAACUUAAUAGCAUUGAUGGGCAGUUUAUGCAUCUUGGUGCUGGGCACCAUGAUCAUGAUGAACCACCCCUACCUGGCACAAAUGAUGGGCCAAGAUAUGUUCUCGAUGGCGGCGAAAAUCAUGAUGGCUUCCGGCAGCUUCAUCUUCGUAGUUUCCUUCCUCGGGUGUUGUGGUGCACUCAAGGAAAUAAAGUUCAUGUUGAUGUUGUAUUUCAUCUUCGUGGCGCUGUUAUUUAUGAUUCUAUUGGCCGGGGGCGUCAUCGGAUUGAUUUUCAUGAGCAAGGCGAAAGCCAGAGUGAUCUCCGUCAUGGAGGAUGCUCUCAGGGAUUACGAACCAGACUCCACAAACUCCAGCUUCACCUUAGCCUUGGACCUGUUGCAACAUAAGAUGCAAUGUUGUGGCAUUGAAGGUCAACAUGAUUGGGAAAAAUUCGCCUCUGAAUUUAAUGAAACUGGCUAUAAAAUUCCAAAGUCUUGCUGUAAGGAUAUAACCUCGUAUAGUUUGGUGGAGGAAUGCCAGCAAAACCCAAAUGAGGAGAACUCACACAUUGAAGGCUGUUUUUCGAAAGCUAUUAGUUUUGUCACGAAACACUCACGCAUCAUAGGGAGCGUUGGUGUCAGUAUCGCAAUGAUCUUGAUUUUUGGACUCUUCUCGUCUCUUGCUCUGGUCAAGAUGAUCGACUCUAGAUACGACUCGGUCUAAAAUAUUGACUCCAUUUGUUUCUGCUCCAAUAGUACACAGUACUUAUUUUAACGAAUAGUUAAAAAAAACAUUAAAUGGAGUGAGAAAAUAAUUCGGGUUGACAUUUUUUCCUGGUGGAUAUAUUCAACAGCACUUGGAGAAGUUUUGCACUGGAUUCAGGCUGAGGAAGACUUGAGAACGAAGCAUCUAGUUAUUCAGAUUUUAUUGUAUGCUUUUUAUUAUUUUAAAAUUUUAUUGUGAAAAGGAGCGUUUUACAUGUAAAUAACUACCAGAUAGUCCAGGCCAUAUGGCGUAAAGUGUACUUUUGCAAACUAAUAUCUGGUUUUCAUUUGUAAAUUUUAGUAACCUUGUUCCUUUCCGAUUCUCAUUGAACUUGUGAGUGUUUUUCAUCUACACAGUUGUACAGUUUUGAAUGUUUAAGGAAAUAAAUUAGAAUCAACAGUUUGACUUAUCAGUCCAGAACAUUAUUUUUUAAAUAAAACUGAAGACUUCCACAUUAAAAAUGUUUUAAUGGUUAUUUAAAAAAAUUCUACAACGAAAAGCGAGUCGGGAUCAUUGCCGUCAUUGUUAGAGGGCAUGACUGUCCAAAUUUAUUUAUAAUAGUCAUGUUGUAGUACUUCAGUGAACAACACUAAUAAUUAUUUAUGGCUGGAUUUUAUUUAUUAUUAUUUACAAUAGUUGAAAAGUGCCUAGUAUAUUUCCCUCCCCAUGACCUGUAUUGUACUACCAGGUGGGUAUUAGUAUUUGUAUAAUGAUUGUCCUCACAUUGGGGAUAUUUAACUGCCCAUCAUAUGCUUCGAUAACUAAUCAUUGGCUUGGUGCUGCAGUCAUGUUCUUUGUCUCAAGCUAUU